AUUAAGGAGUAAGGCCAAUACCCAAACCAACCUCCACACGCAUUCAACUUCUGCGGGAAACCCUUCUCCCACAGCCUAAGCAUCGGCUUCCUCCCUGUCAAUGGAUGAGAAAGGAAAAUCAACUUUCCACCAUACCAGGAAAGGGACUGACGCCCAUGGAAUGCCGUCUGUUUUCUCCUCCAAUAUCCAUUUCUUUCUCGCCGCGCCAAUCUUCUUCCAGUGCCAAAUCGCAAUUACAUAUUCGUUUCUUGAGUCGGAGUAGAUCCUGACAUCGUACCUUUCUGCUUUGCUUUUAAUGGGCUCUGAGUUGGAGAACUCCGAGGUUGGAAAGAAAUGGCUUCCAUUGAGGAUUCAGAGACGCUCGAGUACACGGCGACUUGGGUUGUGGCCCUCGUUUGCACCAUUAUCGUUGUUGUAUCGCUUUUAGCGGAGCGCUUCCUCCAUUAUCUUGGGAAGUUUUUGAAACAUGAACACCAGGAUGCUCUUUUCCGAGCCUUAGAGAAGUUGAAAGAAGAGCUUAUGCUACUGGGGUUUAUAUCCCUUUUAUUAACUGUCUCUCAAAGUUUUAUCAGCGAUAUCUGCAUCCCUAGAAGUGCUUCAUUUCAUAUGCUUCCUUGCAUUAAGGAAGAAUAUGCUUCUGUGGAAGUAAUACAUUAUAGAGCUCCUAGUGAAAUUACCUGGAAAAGGCAACGGCUUUUGGCAGGAGAUGUUGCGUCAAAUCAUUGUACUCGUCAGGGCAAGGUUCAGUUGCUUUCUCUUGAAGCAUUGCAUCAGCUACACAUCUUUAUCUUUGUACUUGCCGUUGCUCAUGUAGUGUUUAGUGCUACCACUAUGGUUCUGGGAGGAGCCAGGAUUAGACAAUGGCAGCAUUGGGAGAAAGAGAUUCAUAGAGAGAUUUCAAGCACAGAGAAGUUCUCGUGCAGUGACAGCCAUCAAAGAUUCUCUCAGCCUCAUCAUGAGUUUGUCCAGGAGCGUGCGGCAGGAUUUUGGAGGAAAUCUGCUGUUGUAAGCAGGAUGAUGUCUUUCUUCAAGCAGUUUUAUGGCUCUUUUACUAAAUCAGAUUACAAAGCACUGCGAGCAGGAUUUAUCAUGAGGCACUGCCCCACACAUUCUAAAUUUAAUUUUCACAAGUAUAUGAUGCGUGCUCUUGAGGAUGACUUCAAGAAAGUAGUUGGUAUAAGCUGGUAUCUUUGGCUCUUUGUCAUUAUUUUCUUGUUAAUCAACAUUCAUGGAUGGCAUGCAUAUUUCUGGUUAUCUUUCUUGCCCUUGAUCCUUGUUCUAACUGUUGGAGCGAAACUCGAGCAUAUCAUCACCCGGCUCGCCAUUAAGUUUGCCGAGACGCAUACAGAUGGCCAAGGACGUCAGGUGAAGCCUUCCGACGAACACUUUUGGUUCAAGCAGCCAAGCUUCAUUCUCUAUUUGAUUCACUUCAUUCUGUUUCAAAACUCGUUUGAAAUCGCAUUUCUUUUCUGGAUCAUUAGUACUUAUGGCUUUCACUCCUGUAUUCUUGAAGGUGUUGGCCAUGUCAUCCCCAGGCUUGCUGUUGGUGUGAUUGUUCAAGUACUGUGCAGUUACAGUACGCUUCCACUGUAUGCUAUUGUCACACAGAUGGGUGAUUCCUACAAGCAGGCAAUAUUUGCUGAACAUAUGCAGACCACCCUCCACGGUUGGGUUGCCGGAGUAAGAAAGCGAAAGAGGUCGGGCUCCGUUCUCUCUUCUUCCAUUAUGAGAAUACUUGGGAGGAAGAAGAAGAUGAAGAAACAAGAGGAGGCUUAUCAGGGCGAAGUGCAGAUGCAGAUGAUGAUGAGAAGUGAGGACUCCGGUCAUCUUCAUGAACUUCCAGCUUCAGAGAUUGAAGCUUGUCAUAUUGAACCAGUUUAGUCCUCUAAACCGUGAGCUGAGUUUUUUUAUAUUGUUUAAAGCUUUGGAUUAGCAAGAUAUCUUCUCAGAUUUCAUGAUAGUCUUGUCCUAGGAUGGUUACUGAUAAUGAGUCCUUUAAUGACAUAAGGAAUAAUGCUGUAAGGAAUGAAGAACUAUAUCAUAGUUCAAGAAAAUGCAUUGCAUUAUGAAAUAAGUUUGGUAUUUUGAGCUAAGUUUUUUAAUUGUAUACUACUUG